CACGGCGCGUGGGUCCGAGAGGAACUGCUACACAGCAAGAUGGCAGCCCCAGGGAAGCUGCGGGUGGCGGUGAUCGGGGCAGGCGCCGCUGGGCUGUGUGCAGCUCGCCAUGUCGCUGCCCGGCCUGAGUCCUUUGCACCCCCCGUGGUGUUCGAGGCAUCUGGCCGCAUCGGGGGCACCUGGGUCUACACCGAAGAGACAGGGCAGGAACCAGAUGGGCUCCCCGUCCACUCCAGCAUGUACCGUGACCUCAGGACUAACCUGCCAAAGGAGGUGAUGGCAUUCCCGGACUUCCCCUUCGCCCCCUCGCUGCCGUCUUUCCUGCACCACUCAGACGUGCUGGCCUAUCUGGAGAGCUAUGCCGACCACUUCCACCUCCGACAGCACGUCAGGCUCUGGUGGCGGGUGGAAGCCGUCGUGUGCCCAGCCAAGGGCGGCUGGGACCUCACCGCCCACUGGGCCCAGGACCGGAGGGUGCAGGCAACCGAGCGCUUCGAUGCCGUCUUCGUUUGCAGUGGUCACUACUCUGAACCCUUCGUGCCGCCCAUCCCUGGCUUGGAGACCUUCCCAGGCCGGCUCCUGCACAGCCAUGCCUACCGCAGCCCAGAACCCUUUGCAGGCCACACCGUGGUGCUGCUGGGGGCCGGCCCGUCGGGCGUGGAUCUGGCCCUGCAGCUGGCCCCUGUGGCCCGGCGAGUGACCCUGAGCCACCGGCAGGCGCCAGUGGCCGGGCUGCCUGGGAGUGUACUGCAGUUGGCGCCCGUGGUGGCCAUUGCGGGGGACAUGGUGCAGUUCGGCGACGGCACCAUGCAGAGAGCCGACACGCUCAUCUUCUGCACCGGGUACCGGUACCACUUCCCCUUCCUGCCUGUUGCUCACCUGGGGCUGCAGAUCACAGAACAGGCGGUGGUGCCGCUGUACCGGCACCUGCUGUCCCCGCGCUGCCCCAGGCUCUUCUUCAUCGGGCUGUGCCAGCAGAUCUGCCCCUUCCCCCACUUCCACUGCCAGCUGCUCUUCUGCCUGGCCGUGCUGCAGGGCACCUGCCACCUGCCCCCUGUUGCUGAGAUGCAGGCGGCCGCCGAGGCAGAGCUGCAGCAGCACCUGACAGCCAAGGGCUCCCUCAAACAUGUCCACCAGCUGGGGGCACAGCAGUGGGGAUACUGCCAGGAGCUGGCCCAGCUGGGUGGCUUCGAACCCCUUCCCCCGAUGCUUAGGGAGCUGUACGAGGCCACGCGGGCAAGUCGUGCCCAGGACGCCUCAAACUACCGGAGCCUCAACUACAGGGUGCUGAGCUCCGAGGCCUGGGAGCUGGUGGGGGCAGAAGGUGGCCAGUGAGGGAUGCAAUUGUUCUUUUGCACAAGGGGGCAGCCCAGAAGGGCUGGGCGGGUGGACACAGCAGUCCUGCCUGUGCCACACACCCAGACUGGCCUCUCUGAGGGGGAGGGUUAGUGGACGGCACUUUGUCUGACCCACAGAGCCCAGCCCCACGGCGGCUGAUGGCCAAGCCAACUCCGGAUGUCCGGGAGCCUUCGGGGGCCGGUGCAGAACAAGCACCAUUAGCACACAGAGCCAAAACCUUGGGCAAUGUGAUGGGGAAUGAGCAAAUAAAGAGUAAAAGUGGAAUAUGCUGCCCCAUGGACUUUCUGGGAGAAAAUGGCGGGAAUUGCCCCACCAUGUGGGUCAUGCCAUCCCAUGGACUUUGGGAGAGGGCAUAAGGAGACUUGCCCCACCAUGCGGGCUGUGCUGCCCCUGGAUUUUAGAAAGGAUGGGGGGAAUUGCCCCACUGUGCGGGUCGUGCUGCCCCAUGGUCUGUGCUGGGCGGCUUGUUAUUGACCUUACAAUGCCUCUCUGGGCACAAGGCUCUGUCCCUGGUGUCCUGGAGUGCCCGGGGCUGGUGGCCUGCAGUACAGACUGGGUGCACCCUGGCCCAGCUCCCAGGUGGGGGGGAGGCAUUGCUCAGCACAAGAACCGGGGAGCAGACCCUUAUCUCCCUUGUGUGUUGCGGGGAGAGACGGGGCCCUGCGGGAGGGGGCGUGAAAGCCAGCCUGCCAGGCAGGGAGCCCCAACACCAGGCACAUGUUGAUGGGUGGCAGAGCCAUGCACAGGAAGCACUUUGCCCCGGCGUUAGGAACCCUGCCAAAGUCACGGUCCAGUUCGGUCAAUUUCUCAGCCAAGGAUGGUAAAAACCAUUAUUCCUGAUCUCCGCUAUGUAAAUCUGGUGUAGUAACGGCAGGGUCCUGAGCCAGUGUGCAAACCAGGGUGGCCUGGCGCGGUAUGGCCACUCUGCUGGGCUGCAGCUGACAGGAGCCAUCUUCCAGGCUGGCCCAGCUCUGGAGGCCGCACACAAGUAAGGGUGCUGGUAUCAUGACCCCCUUAAAAUAACCUUGUGACCACUCUGCAGCUCCUGUGGGGCAAGACCCAGUCCGGGAAACGCUGGUCUCUGCGAAGCGUGGGGGGAAGAGCCACGAAAGGCCAGAUGCCUCGCUCUGGGAUGUGUUCCUCAUGCCUGUGAAUUUGCUGGCCGGCCCUGGCCAGCACACAGCAGCCCCAUGGCAUCCAGCCAAAAGUGGAGCUGGAGCUGGGGCUGGGCAGGGCUGGGGCUGGGCAACUCAUGGGAAGCUGAGUCUGAGUUGUGCCUUUCCCCUGCUCUGUGCAAAAGCAAAGUGAUUUCAUCCCUGUCGCGGAUUCCCAGGUCGUGCCCAACUUGGCUCAGACGGUCUCUUUCUCAGGGGACACUCACUCUCCAGGGUUAGCCCUCUGCCUCCUGAGCCCACCCCUCCCGUGGGGAGUCCACUCGCUCUGGGCCCCCAGGGCUUCCGCUCCCACAGGGACUAGUGCAGCCCAGUUCUCAGACCAGAGCGUCUCUGGAGCCACGGCUACACUGCGAGAUAAGGUCAAAUUUAUUAAGGUUGAUUUGUUACCAUCCAAUUUUGUAAAGUCAAAGGUCCUAGACUCCACUGCAGGGACGAACUCAACGUAGUUCAAAGUAGCAUGUCCCCACUGGGGAGCCUACCAAUGCCCUGGGGGUAGCUGGCCACAGACCCUGCACUGCUUUGCGUUCUGGGUUUGCUCCUGGUGCACACUGAGACCAAAACUGUGCAGUGGGUGGUUCUGGGUUCAUGUCAUCCGCGGCCCAUCAUGUGCUCGUCUACUCCCUCCCCGCUUAAUUGAGAUCAAUGGGAAAUGGCCAUUCCGUGUCCUUUUUGGCCCUGGUAACUGCGUAGACGUCUCCCUCGUGGAUCCCGCUGUUCCUCAAAGCAGUGUGGGGGUGAUGUGCCCUUGUGUGUCCAGAGCGUAUGCACAGCACUCCUGCAAGAGCAUGACACGGAUGCACUGUUCAGGCAAGCCCUUGAGUUGAGCGAAUUGGAAAUGCCACCGGCAUUCAACCCUCUGGACACGGUGGUACGCCGGCCCUAGCGCCAUUGGACAAGCGCCGUCUGGCGGGACCGCACAGUGCUGCAGGGAUGGGAUGGUCGAGCGGGCUAUGGCAAUUGUGGCUGCAAAACUUCUGACUGGGUAAGGGCACUUCCAUGGAACUCUGCAAAUGGCUCGCCCCACCUUGUGGCACAGGGACACCUGAAUGAGACGUGCUCUGGCUGUGAGGAGCACGGGGCAAUAGCCCUUUCAGGCCCGCACGCAGGAAUGUCAAGUGGCGGAGGUGGAGCACAAUUCUUUUAAGUAUAAAGGAGUUUAAAAUAGUGUGUGUGCACAAGAGAGAUUAGUGAGAAGUGGGAGUUGGACCAGCGACUGGUAAAAUGAUUUAAAUAACAUGCUACAAAUGCCCACAGUAAUAAAGGUUUUAUAGCAAUUGCCUACUGGGGUCAUGGUGGGCAGCACAGCUGCCGUGACCCCCUGCUCCCUCGGCUGCC